AUGAUUUUGAACUGCAAUCGAGAGUCUCACUAUCGAUUGAGUUCUGGCAAGAAUAGUAUUGUGGACGUUGAGGUCCAAGAAACAGCUACUUUCCUAUGGAACGCCAACAAACGAUUCCGCCUUGACAAACCUGUGCUCCGCGAACUCCGAGCCAUCAAGCACAGCCUCGAAACAGAGACAUGGGAAAUUUGCAUUCCCCAGAUGAUCCCUAGAGACCCCCAUUUCAUGUCGUACGGAGAUGCUAGCUUUCUUGGAGGAGGCGCCUAUUCCGACGAACUUCUAUUUUGGUUCCGCACAGUUUGGAGCCCAGAUAUUGUUGCUGGUAUAAAACUGAAAGCCAGCAACCCCAACUACGUCCACAUCAACAGCCUUGAGUUCUUGGUAGCCUUUCUCCAGGAAGUUGCCACGGUUGUCCGCUUUGAAGGAACUUCCCAUGCCCAUCCACAAAUUCCCAAACGGAUUUUCCCAAUUCCCAGUUCUGCUCAACCGCACUGA